GUUCAAGGUUUAUCUUGGGAGGGCCUGCUGGACUCCUGUUGCUUUGUUUGCCACUUGGACUCCUGAUUCACAUCCGCAAGGACAGACGAGCUCAGCUGCAUGAGUCCCUUCAUGGAGCAAUUCAAGAGAUACAAAAUUCUGAUGUUGGGGUUGGUCUUUCUGGCUUGGAUGUUAUUUUUCAAGAUGUUCUGGACUGACAGCACCGUCAAUCAGCCCCCAGCACCCCGUCCUGUUGCUAAGUUUGCCUCCAAGUCCACAGCAUCACCCUCCCUUUUGGACUCUCUGCCCGAGGAGUUCACCAACUUGACCGACCUUCUGUACUGGCCUCCGACCCCAGGAGAUGGGGGAAACUUCUUGGCCUCUACCAGCCCCCAGACCUCCACCUACCACCUGAGGGACCCUGUGCAGGUCACUUAUGACCUGGGAAGCUCCCUGGAGGCUGUCCUUGUGGCCAGGGACCACCAGGGCAGGCCUAAGACCCACGGUGGGGAUCUGUUUCGGGCAAAGCUGCUGGGUCCAGACUUAAAUGCGGGAGUCCCUGGGGAGGUGCAGGAUCUGGAGAACGGCACCUACCUGCUGUCUUUCCCUCUGCUCUGGGCUGGGAGGGCCCAGGUCAAAGUGUGGCUGAUCCACUCCAGCGAGGCAGUCGGAGUCCUGCGGAGAAUCUGGAGAGAGAAAGGGGCCACAGUCAAUUUCAGAGGGUAUUUCCGGGGACCAACAGGGGCGGAAGAGACUGUUGUUUGCAAUGUUGACCCCCAGUCGACCGGAGCAAAAGCGGCUACCUGCCAGUACAGAGAUGUGAUUUCUGGUGAGCUCUGGUUCUGUGCUCAACCGCCUACCCUGCCCUGCAACUCUUUAGUCGGCCACUCAAGUGGGAGUAUGCUGAAGGUGACCACACCACAGGAUGAGACCCUACUGGCAGGGAAAGUGACUGACAAGCUACUCCCGCAUGGCACUUCUCCAAUUGAGAUCACUGUGGCAGCCACAGGGAAUGUCAGUCUGGCCCUGUCCCCGCGGCCCCCAUGCCACCCAGGGCUCCCAGCCCCAAGGCCCUCUGGCUUCUACUACCGAGAUGUGUGGCACUCACUGGCCUGCUCCGGUCGCUCCUUUUCCACUGAGGACAGCAUCCGGGGCUGCCUGGCAGGCCACAUCGUCCACAUGAUGGGGGACUCCACGCUUCGGCAGUGGUGGGAGUAUCUGCGUGACACCGUGCCCUCCCUCAAGCCCGUGGAUCUGCACGUCACCUAUCAGGUGGGGCCCCUUAUGGCCGUGGACACCACCCGGGGCAUCGUGCUGCACUGGCGGGCCCACAGCUGGCCCCUGCGCUCCCUCCGCACACCAGUGGCCUCCCUGCACUCUGUGGCCCGCGAGCUGGGGGGCCUGGCAGGGGGUCCCCACACCGUGGUGGUGCUGGGUCUGGGAGCUCACUUCACCACCUUCCCUCCGUCCAUCUUCAUGCGACGACUGGCAGGCAUCCGGGCAGCUGUGACGGCCCUGCUGGCCCGGGAGCCCCGCACGCUUGUGGUCAUCAAACUGGCCAACACCGGCUACAAGUCCGUGUACGGCAGUGACUGGCUCACCCUGCAGGUGAACCGGCUGCUCCGAGCUGCCUUUGCUGGCCUCCGGGUGGCCUUUGUGGAUGCCUGGGAAAUGACCUCCAGCCUGGCCCUGCCGGACAGCAUCCACCCAGGGAGACUCAUUGUGCGCAAUGAGGUGGACUUGCUCCUCUCCUUCAUCUGCCCCAGCUGAGCGCUUCUGAGGGUUCCGCUGCUGUGCUGACCGAGGGCCUGGGGGGACUGUGGCGAGGACCACAGCAAUGCUGAGACCUUGAACUUUGUGAUUCAGAGGAAGGAGAUUACUUGUUAACAUUUUGGUCAGAUAUGAAUGUAAUUUUACAUAAACUGUGGGUUUGGGAGGGGAAUUUUUAUUGGUUGAGUUGUAGAUUAGGCAGAUGUAAGGAAUAAUAUCCAGAGAGCCCUGCUAUCUUUUACUGUGAAAACCUCACAGACCUAUAGAAAACAUCACAACUGGGAUUAAAAAAAAAAAAGAUUCAUGCAUGUAUUUGAGUUAUGUAUCAGAGUUACAGAAAGAGACGGGGAGAGACAGAAAUCUUCCCUCUGCUGAUUCACUCCCCAAGUGGCUGCAAUGGCCAGGGCUGAACCAAGCUGAAGCCAGGAGCCAAGAGUUUCAUCUGAGUUUCCCAUGUCGGUGGCAGGGACCCAAGCGCCUGGGCCAUCCUCUGCCAUCCUUCCCGGGCCACCAGCAGGGAGCAGGAUUGGAAGUGGAGCAGCUGGGACACGAACUGGUGCCUCGUGGGGUGCUGGCAUCACAGGCGGCAGCUCCACUUGUUACGCCACAACUAGGAUAUUUACAUUGGCACGAUCCAUACUGCUCUUCUUUCCCCCGUUUCACUGUGCUCAAUUGUGUGUGUAUUCAGUUUUUUGCAACUUUAUUACAUGGGUUGGUUUGUGUUUCAUUCUUUAACAUCUGUUUUAUAGCAAAUGAAAGAAAACAGAACCCAAAGGUUUACCCAGGGUGGUAAGUCUAAUAGGAAAGCCCCGAGCAAGCUGGCGUCACCGAGGGCUGCAUAGUCCUCACGUCCAGGGUGAUUAGGAAUCUCUACCCUGACCCAGGGGAGCACAGAGAAGACCGUUUCUGCAGAAGAAGGCAGUGUACCAAAUCUUCACAGCCAUAGCCGGCUUUCACCAUCAAUGGACACCACUUGGAUGUCUCAGAAAGUCUUUCAUUUAAAGUAAAAGUAAGCGGUCCUAGACUCAUGUUACUCCCAGGCACCUGGCAGAACCAAACCUGUGUGCUUUCUGGGGAAACAUAACAUUCCCUCAAAUCUCUAAGAAUUUUUCUACAGAUAAGAAGGCAAAAGAGCAGCAGGGAUUAAGUUGCUGCUUGAGUCACCAGCAUCCCAUUUCUGAGCACCAGUUUGAGUCCCAGCUGCUCUGCUUCUGAUCCAGUUUCCUGCUAAUGCACCUGGGAAAGCAGCAGAGGGUGGUCCAAGUCGUUAAGCCCGUGCUACCCACAUGGGACACCCAAAUGGAGUCCUGGACUCCUGGCUUCUGACUGGGCCAGCCCAGCUGUUAUAGCCAUUUGGAGAGUGAACCAGCAGAUGGAAGAUAGAGCUCUCUGUCAGUCUGUCUUUCAAAUGAAUAAAUACAUGCACACAUACAUAAAUCUUAAAAACUGCUUGCAUUCAAAAAUUGUGAAACAUACCAGAAGCAAGACAACAAGACUUAGAUGCAAUACAAAAAAAAUCAGCAAAAUCAAAACUACAAAAAUGUGAGAUAUGGGGACAACUAGAAAAAAUAUGAAGUAUGUUUACUUAAUAAAAAAAAAUAGUGGUUUUUAGGCCGGCACUGUGGCUCAAUAGGCUAAUCCUCCGCCUGCGGCGCUGGCACACCAGGUUCUAGUCGCAGUUAGGGCGCCGGAUUCUGUGCCGGUUGCCCCUCUUCCAGGCCAGCUCUCUGCUGUGGCCCAGGAGUGCAGUGGAGGAUGGCCCAAGUGCUUGGGCCCUGCACCGCAUGGGAGACCAGGAGAAGCACCUGGUUCCUGGCUUCGGAUCAGUGCAGUGCGCCGGCCAUAGCGGCCAUUUAGGGGGUGAACCAGCGGAAAAGAAAGACCUUUCUCUCUCUCUUUCUCUCUUUGUCUAACUC